AUCGUUAAAAUCGAACGAUCGUUUUAAUUUUUUUCUUCGAUGCACGUAUAUAACCAUUUUUUUUCUUUUUUUUUUUUUUUUUUGAGUAAAAUAUCUUGCACUACCAUUGAAAUAAUUUUCAUUCGUUCUCUUAACAUAUAAGUAAAGGUAAUAGAUAGAGAGAUAGUUACAAGUAAUAAUUUAUUACAUGUUAUCCAAUUAUGUUCUUAAUUAGAAUCUCUUUUAACAAUCUUUGUAAUAUAUAGAUUGCAUAGCAUAUGUAAUAUGCAUGAUGAAAAAUACUCGGUGCUAUCAAUAUUUACAGGAAUUUAAAAUCCGUUAUAUAAACGAACGAUAGAUUAAAGAAUAUGUAUAAAAGCGAAAGUACAAAGUAAAGAAACAAACAAAAGGAAUUCUUAUUUCUCAAGCAAAAUCUGUCUCCACAGGAUAUUCUUAAUGUGCAUAGCGUUGUUUGGAGUAUCGUUUCCCUUUUCGUCCCUUUCUGUUAAUCGUAUCCCCCUCCGAAAUAAGCUGAUCCCUCUUUUUUCUCUUCGUAUCCCGUCUUUAUCGUCAUCCUCCUGAUCGUUGCGAGAGGGUCGGAGUUCAUUGUGCCACAAGUGCAUUCCAAGUGUCGACCACGCCAAUUGUUCGUUAUGUUUCUGCUAGCAGUUCUGAUUCAACUCGCGAAUCUAACGUAUGAAUUUCGUCUGACAAGCUCAAAAUAUUUGUGAUUUCUCUUCUUUCAUUUAAAAUGGAUUCGAUAGUUUCAUUAGAGCUCAAAUACCAAUAGUGAUAAGUUUCAAUUAGUGGCUCAAGCAAUUCUAAAAAAUUUCAUAAAGAAUAGUGAUUCUUGUUUGGAUUAUAUCAUUAAUAUAUUUGCAUACAUCAAUGAACAUUCAAAAAUCCCCACCAGAACACAUUUGACGCAUUAAAAAAAGAAUGGGAGUAAGAGUAGAAGAAACGGCAGAAAGUUGAAUUAUACUCUCGUAGACGUGAAACAUGCAAACGUGAAUUCGAUUUGGUUUUUUAAUGCGCGUGAUUCUCUAUAUGGAAUAUCAUACAAAAGAUCAAGAAGCAAUUCUCACGAAAUAUACAGUUAUCGUAUAUACGUUCGGUGACUAAAUGUCACCGAGAUAUUUUUUUUUCUUCUCUCAGCCGACACAAUUUGUCGCUUGAUACAACGAUCUCUAAAGCGCACCAAAACAUUUAAAUUAUUAUCUCACAUAAUUAAACAUGUUUUGAACGUAUUUGUUCAUUUACAACGAAUCCAUUCGUUAAACCAAAAAAAACGACGUAAAAACGAUAGAGCCUUUGUUGAACAAGAUCAUGACAUUAAAAAGGUUAAGGACGGAUCGUUGUGUAAAAUAAAAUUAAUUUCGAAAGUGUCAAGACACUUCAAAUGAAAAUGCACCUGACACAACGCGGGGAAAUAUCAAAGAGGAUAAUCUUCAUUCGGAAAAACUAAUCAACUUUAUUUGAAAAGAAUAAUUAAGAAGGAAAUUAUGAAUUUUAAGUAGUAUUGCCGUAUCUGGAAAUGAACGUCUUUGGAGUGUGGUUGUUUCUUCUCUGGACGAUAAAAGCGUCAUAUGCGUUGUCGACUGACCACAUCUGUACCAGAACUGAAAAUUACACGGUCACUUCGAUGGAAACAUACGUACAACCAGUAGUCGUAAACACAUUCACGUGGUGCCUACAAGUACCACCGAGAUGUCCUAGAACACGAACAGAAAUGAGACAACGAUAUCGAAUAAAGUCGGAAAUCAAGACCAGGAAGGUGAAGGAGUGCUGCGAGGGUUACAAACUGGAAAUUCGUGACAAGAAGGACGGUGACGCGAGCUGUGUGCCUUUUUGCGAGAACUGCCUCGCGGGUAUUUGCAUUUCACCGAACAAAUGUCAAUGCGAUCCAGGAUAUCAAGGAACGGAUUGUUCGAAAGACUAUUUUCUAGAAUGCCCUCCAGGAUUAUGGGGCGUGCAGUGCAUGGAGAAAUGCGAAUGCACCGAAGAUGUUAUUUGCGAUUUCAGAAAUGGUACUUGUUGCCCAUCAGGUUUCUGGGGACCAAGAUGUGAACAAAAUUGUCCACCACAACGCUGGGGUCGAGGAUGUAAAAACUUCUGCAACUGUAAGGGACAUAUUAACCAUUGCCAUCCUGAAACCGGACACUGUACUUUCACAGUUACCGACAUACAUUCUACAUCUAAAACCACAAAUGCAGUUCAAUUAUUCAGUACGAAAAACAUAGAAUUCAAAAAAAGAACGACGGACCUUUCUUGGACGACCGACCAUAUCGUGGAAGAAGGAUGGGAUAAUUAUGUUACACCAUCGAGCACGGAUAGUAGUUUCGAAAACACAAACAGCGAACCAAUCUCUCAAACGGAUUCAAAUGUUAAAAUUAAAACGCAUAAUCAAGAAAAUGAUAUCACAAGCACCAGCACAAAUCGACCGUUGAUCGUCCUUGUCUCUGUUCCGGAACGACAAAAAACUAUCUUGACAAAAGAUCGAAGUAAGUUCGCAUUAAAGGAUACCUUUUUGAGACAUUUGGAAGAAAAAGGAGAACUUCAUGAUGACCUACCACUGAAAACUGAUUAUAUCAAAACUAUUCAUAAAGAAAAUGUUACACCAGCGGCAUCAAUCCGAUUGGAUGUCGCGUUGAUUAUUAUCGCAUCGAUCGUAUUUCUCAGUCUAAUGUCAAUCGCAAUUAUGACAAUCAUACACACAAGGACGAAACUUUUUGAGACAGUACGACUUUCUAUCUACAACGACGAAAAGGAGAAGAAUAGUAACCAUGAAAGCGAGAAACAACGACCACCCAGAAGAAUUUCAACGAUCAUUAAUAGUACUCUACCUCAGAUACCUGUACGUACGAAUCCAGACUUCUUUUCAAAUUCUGAACAAGUCGGUACAAUCUUACCAGCUACUAUAAACAUCGAACCCGUAAAUAGUUACGCUAAUGGCACCGCAACGAUCGGCCUUCGAAUAUCCGGUCAUCUUCGUGAGCUGCUGCAAGAAGAUCAUUAUGACAGGCCACCGACGACCUUGCUACGCCUACACACGGACUUCGAGUCGAACGGCGAACACCUCUAUGACGAGAUUCCUUUACAAUCGACGGGCUUCUGCGAGCGUAAAAGCACGUGAUCAGCUCGAAUAUGAUUAACUCUCUAUUUGACUAUAUCUCUUUCUCUCUCUCUCUGUCUCUCUCUCUCUCUCUCCCUCUCUCUCUCUCUCUCUCUCUCUCUGUCUCUCUUUCUUUAUCUCUUUUUAUCCUUCUUUCGUACAAAUACAUAUGGAAUAAAACGUAUCAUUUAUUAAUGAAAUAUUAGGUGUGGAUAAAUAGAAAAGUAUAUGUAUGCAUAUACAUAUGUACGUGCCAGACAUGUGUUCAAAACAAAAUUCUCCAAGAAAAAUCCGACCUAACUGGUUUUCGUCUUUACGCAUAGCAAUUGAACGCGCAAGGUUGCAUGUAAAUUAUUGAUUAUUGAUUCGAUAAAGUAAUAAAAAAUUAAAUAACAACGAUGACUGUUCCCUAACAGUCCGAACAGUAAUACACUUCCUUACGAGUAAUAAAUUUACUCAGUGGAACGUGUAGAGUUCAAAGAAACUAAUGCCGUUAUUUAUUUAAUUUUUUUUCUUUUUCAUAAGCUUACGUACAAGUAUUUUUUCGAGUUACAUGCAUCGAAUCAAAACUAGACACUGUUUAUUUGAAGGAGAGAUAAAAUGUUAUGUCGUAUUUGAAGAUGAUUAAUAUUUCUAAUUACUAUUCGUAAUCAUCAUUUUAUAUAAACAGUCUUAUCAGUGACAGGAUUUUGUAAUGAAGUCGUCAGUGUUCGUUAUUAUAGAUAAACAGUAGAUAUAGUUUUAGAAAUGUAAUACUUAUUUUAUAUUGUCUCGUAAUUAAAAGUUCAAAACCGAAAAUUUCGAAAUUCGUAUGUAUACAAUAGAAUAGAUUAUGUUAUUUACUUCGUAUAAAUAUCUUAUUAUAUUUUUAAUUUUUUAUUAUAACGAAAACUAAAACCGUUUUUAUAUAACAUAUGUAUGUAUCUAAUUUAUGAUAUAUUCGACUAAUCCCAUAUGAGUUUUCCUUAUCGAUGUAUGAAAACUAGGGCAGUAUAACUGUCAUUAUGCAUUCGAAUCUUAUCUCAUCACCCUAUGUCCUUCCCACUGAGUUAUCAUUAAAAAAAGAAAAAAAGAAAAUAAAUAAGAGGAAGACCAAAAAA